GUAAAGCUUCAUGAAACAACAUGACUGCACUCCAUAUCAAAACCAGGAACUACAGCUCCUCUGCUUUGAACGAUGGAGCAAAGUACAAGUGAAUCCCCUCAAAAAACAUUUACCUGCCAAUUGUGUGGUUUAAGUAGUCCUUUUACGUACUACGGCCAGAAACCACCAAACACCAGAGCCAUUGUGUUGCUAGAGGAGUGUUUUGUGACCAAGGACCCCUUCUGUCCGGACAAGGAAAAGUUUCUUAUUCUGGGUUCAAACUGCAGCCUGUGCAGCCAGUGUGUCUGUGUUGGAUCGGACUGCAGUCUCUUCUACACCAAGAGGUUCUGCAUGCAGUGUGUGAACAAGCACUUGGACCAGUUUCCCCAUCAGAUUCAGGCUGAGCUGGCCAAGAAGAGGCAGAGCUCCCAGACGGCCGUCUCAUGACACCGGGCAAGAGGUCCUUAACCUGCUCACCCAUCUAAGACCAAAUCUGAAUAACUUAUGGUCGUAAAGCACCAAAUGUGUUUAAGUGCUUUUCCAGCACUUCAGAUCAAACACCAGACUUUCAAAACACCAUACAGGAAAACACAACUUCCUGGACUUUAUUAGCAUAGCUCUGGGUUAUUAUUCUUUUGGCAGAAAAUGAACACAUACAUUAAAAACUGAGGCUGCUGUAUUA